UACUGUUCUCCUGAACGGAAACCCUACGACGCGUUGAAUUAAAACGGACCCCUCAGAUACCGACGUCACGGACGACAAGAUGGCGACCGGGGCCGUCGAUUUCGAUAAGGUGGUUAAAGUGGCCAACGACUGGGUGUUCGAUUUCAUGUUUGCCAGCCUGUGCCAUUACUUCAAAGAGGAGCGGGCGCUGGACUUCCAGAAAACGUGCAGGGCCAUGGAAGUCCUUCUUGAAGGAAUGACUGAUUUGGACAAUGACAGAAAAAAAGCUGUUUUGAUUGCACAGUUCAUAACACGUGUUGCAGAAGGAAAGCAACUUGAUUCGCAGUUUGAAUCAGAUGAAAGGAUUACACCCUUGGAAUCUGCUGUAUUCAUGCUGGAAAAAAUUGAAGAAAAGGAAAAACAUUUAAUAAAUCUUCAAACAGACAUCAAACUUUCUGUGAAAGUUCAGGCAGUGGCAGUUUGCAUGGAAAAGGGAAGAUUUAACACGUCCUCUGAGGUUCUUGACCGUCAGUUUUCAGAAACUGGAUCAUAUAAGUAUUUGAAAAUGAAGUUGGCUAUGAUUGUUCGUAAGAAAGAUCCAUAUCAUGGCUUGCUGCAGAAUAUGAGCUAUAAAACCAUGAUGAAGAAAAUAAACACUUACCUUGACCUUACAUUGAAAGGAAGACAAUCUCCUUUUUUAUUAAAGGUGGCCUCAAAGGUUGUAGAAGCUAAAGACAAAAUUACUACAGGAAUGCAGUCUGGGAAAGAUGGCAGUUUAAGUACUAAUGAAAGAAUAGUGGAAGACGGGGUUUCAUUUUUAUCUGAAGACACUGUAGCAUACCAUACAAAUAAUCCUUGUACAGAAAGCUCACUUGAGGAUAUUGAAGUGGGCAGUCCUUUAAUAGAGAAUGAAAGCCAAAUUGAGCAAGAGAAUGAAAGCCAAAUUGAGCAAGAGAAUGAAAGCCAAAUUGAGCAAGAGAAUGAAAGCCAAAUUGAGCAAGAGAAUGAAAGCCAAAUUGAGCAAGAGAAUGAAAGCCAAACUGAGCAAGAGAAUGAAAGCCAAACUGAGCAAGAGAAUGAAAGCCAAACUGAGCAAGAGAAUAUCAAUGACAAUACUGACCAGAAUCUAAAUACAGUCAUCCCAAGUAUUGACAGAAAAGAAGUUACCGACACAGAUAAACACACUAAAAGGCACCAGAAGCGGUUGUUUUCACUAGAACAACGUACCCCUUGGAAUCCUUACAAACCCUCUGUCUCUAAAAAAUUAAUGAGCAACAUAAAGCUAAGAAAGCGAAGCCAAAAAGUUGCUACGUCUUCGCAAAACAAGUUACCUUCUAAGUCUGCUUCUAAAAGGAAGCAUUGGACCUGGGAAGAAGAUGAACUGCUGAAAAAAGGUGUAAACACAUAUGGAGUUGGAAAUUGGAGCAAAAUUCUUGUGCAUUAUGAAUUUAAUAAUCGGACAGGUGUCAUGUUAAAAGACCGUUGGAGAACCAUGAAGAAAUUAAAUAUUGUUGGCAGUGGCGAUGAAUCAUAAGUGUAACAUUUACUUUCGAGUGUAAAAGUUUCCUUUGCCUUAUCCUGGAAAAAGCCUAGAUACAAUAUUUAUGGUAUACAGGCAUUAACUAGAACCAUGUCUGUAACAAUGUAGCAUACACAGCCCACACCUUAGUGCAGGGGUAGACGCAUUUUGGAACUUGAGAUGUUAUGGACUACAUCUCCCAUAAUGCUCUUACACAUGUAAUGCUGACAAAGUACCAGGGGAUAUGUAGUCCACAACAUCUGGUGGAGUGUUAGAGAGAGCGGAGUUCUACAUACAUAUUUCAUAAAAUGAUAUCUUUCACUAAUUUCUAACAAUUGUGUAUUAGAGUUCUGGUACGUAAACAAUUCAAGCUGUCUGGUAAAGAAGAAGUUAUUUCCUGUGGUCACAAGACUGAGUAGCAUCAACGAAACCAUAACAAUUUUUUCCCUUGAUCCUAUAUUAUUUCUUAUUAUAUAACGCUUUGAUAGCUAUGUGUUUUGCUUUUAUUUUUUUAUAUAUAUUUUAUUUUUGUAUAGCCCACUGUUCAUUUGUGCAUAUAUGUGU